GCCGUCGACGUCGGAGCCAGACCUGAUCCACUUCGACAUAGAAUGGAACUAUCGACCUGUCAGCGUAAACACGGAAGCCCGUUCCUCCAGCAGUACUCCUGGUCACUCCGGUGGAGCCCCGGGGGCUUCCAACGGUAGAAGGGAGGUCGCAAACGGUAAUCCAGGCCAUUGGAACGGUUCAAGAGAAGUCAUGAAUGGUAACCCGGGCCGUUGGAAUGGUUCCAGAGAAGAUGUGAACGAUAACCCGGGCCGUUGGAAUGGUUCCAGAGAAGUUGCGAACAGUAACCAGGGCUACUGGGACAGUACCGGAGAUACUGUCAACAGAGCAAAUCGUCGUUGGAACGUUACAGCAGCUGAGGCUUCAAAUGACACUCACAGGAACUCAAAAGGUGCUGUUGGUGCUUCGAACGGUGUGAACGGCAGAUGGGGUGGCGAGACCAGGACCUCGAACGCAGACUCUGAUCGUUCUGAGGUUACCUUCGGACAUUCGCAUGGUAUUUCUGGUCCCUCUACCAACGUAAUUUCUGAGUGGGGCAGACCACCUAAGUUCAUGCAGAAACCCAAAUUUUUGGGUCGUCGAGGAAUGGUCGGUGAGCCAUACGUGGCUUCCUUGGGUCCUCAUCCCUCCCCUAAGUACAUCCAUAUCCUCCACCCUACCAAUAGCUGCAAGGAGGUGUGGAAGCGACUGUGUCCCCCUUACCCAGUACCCUCCAGCCUGCCUCGCCACACAGCUCCUCCUGCCCCCCAUAUGCGGCUAGUGUAUGCAGGUGGGGGAGCGCCCUGCCACACCCCCACCAAUCUCGGCCUCGUACAACAGCCAGCAGGAGCCCAUAACGUCUCCAUCUUCCAGGGUGUCAUUCGUCUCGGGGAUGAGAUCGAGAUCGCUUCCAUGCGUCGAAAAAACUUUCCGUUUUCUCUGACAAUUUACGAGAACGGGGUGGCGACGGGCAGACUGAGCGCGUGUUGUGAAUACCGGUACGCUCCCGGUACCCGCCUUGGCGGACGCUCUGGCCAUCUGAAGGUCGUCGAGAUCAUAGGCGGGGAACCAUGCCUCAGGUGUCAGCUACGAGUGGUGGAAAAGCGGCACCAGGCUCGUAGACGAGUGAGAGUGAAGACCAGGAAGGCUAGGAAGGCCACCUCACCCGACCACGAGCGACCUUACACCCCUCCAGAGGAGACAGAGAGUGAGGCAGGCACUACGGAGGACAGUAGCACCAGCACUCAGAGAAGCAGCAUUUCGCCCGAUGGCAGUACUGCCGCCAGCGACGCCAGUCAGGGCACAGGGGAGUCGAACCCGGUGAGCAGCAAAGACGGCACGCCCUCCAAGACUGCCUCAUCUUCCUCCACAAGCGACAGCACCUCGAGUGACAUUGACUCCAUGGUCCUUCAGCACCACCUGGAGGUUCAGCAGAAGGGACAGUCUCAGAAGACUCACCAACGAGACACUUCUGCAGAGUCCUGUAAUGACCCGUCGGAUCUCGAAGUCGCAAAAGCGCUUGGAGUGGAUGUAAAGUCGUUGGUUAGCUCCCGUGUCAGUCAGAGGCGUCGUAGCAGGACUAAACAUAACAUUAAAGAACCACAAUCCCAUUUGAACGAGACUUCUCCCAAAACUUCUGAAGACAGUGAGAGCACAGGGACUCGACGAAGUCACUUUAGCUCUUCUAGAAAAAAAGAAAGUGUCAUCAGCAAAACAAGCAGCUUUGAAGGUAAGUCCGAUGGCUCCAGCAGUAAAAUAAACCAGAGAGAUUUACAGAGCAACAGAAGACGACCAUCACACAUAUCUAGUAGUCUAGAGGGACAGUUGGACGACAGUUUGGUUGGCCGAUCACCCAUUCACCAGGCUUCGUUUCAGAGCCGUUCAGGAACCUCUUCCAGUAGCCGAAGGAGACGUCGAAGCUCAGGCAGAAAGAACAGCGAAGGAAAAAAACGUAAGGGCAUUAGCAAAGUCGACAGCUUCUACAGUCAACAGGUGUUUACGCCGUCUGGCAGCGAGGGUCACGUUGCGUCUGGCAGCGAGAGUCACGUUGCGUCUGGCAGCGAGGGUCACGUUGCGUCUGGCAGCGAGGGGCAUGUUGCGUCUGGCAGCGAGAGUCACGUUGCGUCUGGCAGUGAGGGGCAUGUUGCGUCUGGCAGCGAGGGUCACGUUGCGUCUGGCAGAGAGGGUCACGUUGCGUCUGGCAGCGAGGGUCACGUUGCGUCUGGCAGCGAGGGUCACGUUGCGUCUGGCAGCGAAGGUCACGUUGCGUCUGGCAGCGAAGGUCACGUUGCGUCUGGAAGCGAGGUUCACGUCCCGUCUGGCAGUGAUGCACACGAGGCGUCGGGCAAUGAUACAGAAGUGUCGUACGGAAGCUCUUGGGAGGAAGAUGAAGAGGAGAAAGAUGAUAAAGCAAAAGAUGACACGAAACAAAAAGACAUAGAUAACGACGGGGUAAAAGAAAUCGAAGAUGAAAGAAGUAAUGCUGAAGGAAAAGAAGAAAGCAGCGAGCACAACGUAGCAAGCCAGAGCAAGAAGGAAGGAGAAGAGGUUGUCGUACGCGACGCUGACCACCAGGAAAGUCAGACAGUUAAAUACAACGAGGAAAUGAAAGAUGAAGUUGAUGAGGAAGUUGAGGACAAAGUUGAUGAGGAAGUUGAGGAUAAAGUUGACGAGGAAGUGGAGGAUAAAGUUGACGAGGAAGUGGAGGAUAAAGUUGAUGAGGAAGUGGAGGAUAAAGUUGACGAGGAAGUGGAGGAUAAAGUUGAUGAGGAAGUGGAGGAUAAAGUUGACGAGGAAGUGGAAUAUAAAGUUGAUGAGGAAGUGGAGGAUAAAAUUGAUGAGGCAGUUGAGGAUAAAGUUGAUGAGGAAGUUGAGGAUAAAGUUGAUGAGGAAGUUGAGGAUAAAGUUGAUGAGGAAGUGGAGGAUAAAGUUGAUGAGGAAGUUGAGGAUAAAGUUGAUGAGGAAGUGGAGGAUAAAGUUGAUGAGGAAGUGGAGGAUAAAGUUGAUGAGGAAGUGCAGGAUAAAGUUGACGAGGAAGUUGAGGAUAAAGUUGACGAGGAAGUUGAGGAUAAAGUUGACGAGGAAGUGCAGGAUAAAGUUGACGAGGAAGUUGACGAGGAAGUGCAGGAUAAAGUUGACGAGGAAGUUGAUGAGGAAGUUGAGGAUAAAGUUGACGAGGAAGUUGAGGAUAAAGUUGACGAGGAAGUGCAGGAUAAAGUUGACGAGGAAGUUGACGAGGAAGUGCAGGAUAAAGUUGACGAGGAAGUUGUUGAGGAAGUUGAGGAUAAAGUUGACGAAGAAGUGGAGGAUAAAGUUGAUGAGGAAGUUGAGGACAAAGUUGAUGAGGAAGUGGAGGAUAAAGUUGACGAGGAAGUGGAAUAUAAAGUUGAUGAGGAAGUGGAGGAUAAAGUUGAUGAGGAAGUGGAGGAUAAAGUUGAUGAGGAAGUUGAGGAUAAAGUUGAUGAGGAAGUUGAGGAUAAAGUUGACGAAGAAGUGGAGGAUAAAGUUGAUGAGGAAGUGGAGGAUAAAGUUGAUGAGGAAGUGGAGGAUAAAGUUGAUGAGGAAGUGGAGGAUAAAGUUGAUGAGGAAGUGGAGGAUAAAGUUGAUGAGGAAGUGGAGGAUAAAGUUGAUGAGGAAGUGGAGGAUAAAGUUGAUGAGGAAGUGGAGGAUAAAGUUGACGAAGAAGUGGAGGAUAAAGUUGACGAAGAAGUGGAGGAUAAAGUUGAUGAGGAAGUGGAGGACAAAGUCGCCGAAGAAGUGGAGGACAAAGUCGACGAAGAAGUAGAGGACAAAGUCGCCGAAGAAGUAGAGGACAAAGUCGCCGAAGAAGUAGAGGACAAAGUCGACGAAGAAGUGGAGGACAAAGUCGCCGAAGAAGUAGAGGACAAAGUCGCCGAAGAAGUAGAGGACAAAGUCGACGAAGAAGUGGAGGACAAAGUCGACGAAGAAGUGGAGGACAAAGUCGACGAGAAAGUGGAAGACAAAGUCGCCGAAGAAGUAGAGGACAAAGUCGCCGAAGAAGUGGAGGACAAAGUCGACGAAGAAGUGAAGGACAAAGUCGACGAAGAAGUGGAGGACAAAGUCGACGAAGAAGUGGAGGACAAAGUCGACGAAGAAGUGGAGGACAAAGUCGCCGAAAAAACAUACAAAUCUAACAAGGAAGUCGAAGUCGAUGAUAACAACACAGUCAGAGAGAAGCAGAAUACAGACAGCAAAACGACUGCAGACGAGGAAGAGACCGAGGCGGAGCACCUCGACUCCUCACAUUACGAACUCGAGGGCCGGCGAAGUCCUGAAGACCCCAAAGGCAAGAUAAUAUAAACAUGGAAAGACUAAUAGUGAUGUGAACUCCGUUAUCGAAGACACAGUUGAUGACACUGAAGAUGAUUGCAAGCAUGAAUUAAAGCUUAAAACCUUUUAACUGCUCCAAUUGCCUGAAAUAGAUCUAGCCCUCUCUAUUUUAUUCAAAAGUACUGCAGAUUCUAAAUGGACUUCAUCCGACAUUAGAGACCUUUGUUUAUUAAAAAAUAUUACCUAGUCUCUUAAUUUCCUUCCUGGCCCUUAACAACAAGAUAUGCAUCACACACACAGAAAUCCCAAUAGCAUGAUAUAUCAAAUGAAUAAAUCCACAAUAAUAGAUCCACAAUAAUAAUAAAUCCCCUAGUGGAUUUAUUCAACAUAUACACCAUAUCUAGCGCAUCAUCAUCCAGCAGCUGAACAUGCUGGGCGGCCAUUGACGCUAUACAACACUGCAUGGAAUUGGAUGAACUUGGAUGAUCUUAUAAUGAAGAGGAAUAUAUAACAAGCAGUUAACCAGGAUAUUAUCCACCAGAAUAUGUAAUAAGCUGUUCUAACACCAGAGGAAGAGACUGAGCAGUGAGGAUCUGUGGGUGCUCACUGACACGAUGCAACAAUGAUGACAACCCACACCUCUAGUUCCCAACUGGAGCUUGUUUAUUGCAACAAUAACCGAAUCUGCUUAAAAUGUGUUGAUGAUAUAUAAGAACAAGAAUUUAAGAAUAAAGUAAAUUGCAAAAAGGCUUUUUUAGCCCAUGGGGAAACGGCUGCUAUUUAUACCCAACCUAAAAAUAAAGAAAGAUGCAGAAAGCCAGAAUACAGCAUCGCUCCCGUGCCAGGUAAGUCCACUACGGGCUCACCAUAGCCCGUGCUACUGGGAACGUUUUAUUCCGAGUAGCUGAAUCUAAAACAACAACAUUCAGAAAGCACAUUGUCUAGUGCGAGGAAACUCCUAUUUACAUUGAUCAUGUUGCUAAUAUGAUCCUGCUAGUGGAGAUCAUGUUAGCGUUCAUGGCAUAAGAUAGUGCUUUAGAUUCGUCGAUGAUCGUGGUGGAAAAAUUAUUCGUGUUGUCAAUUGAUGGUAAUUUUGUUUCCACAAACUACUAAAUGUGAUCAAAAUAUUAAUAUAGGGAUCGUCUAUUUGCAGUUCAUUACACAAAGAUGUUUGUGGUGCAAGGUCGCCAGCUUGUAUUGUGCCUGAAGCAUUAUGUCCAUCUGGCAGCUUUUGGAAAGGAUUAUCGUCUAUAGCAAUAUUUCGACUACCUUCCCAUGCUCGGCAUUUCAAGCCAGCCGCCUUAACAUACACAGUUACUGAAUCUACACAAUUUCACUGGGCCUCGAUCUGCCGCUAUGCAACGAUAAGUGCACCUUUUACGUGGAUUUUCGUGCUUCUGAAUGCUAAUUCACCAAAGAGAAACUAAUUUCGGAAUAAUUUUUGUCUUACGCAUAGCACACAAUGCAUCAAUUUACCCUGCAACGUUUAGGAGUAAAAUGUGGAAGCCAAUCGAUAAAAUGUUAUGGGGAUGAUGGAGGAGCGGGUAAACAAAAUGAUGCGGUGUAAGACAUAGAUAGAAUUUAAGAGACAAGAGGAUCUCUACAAGCCAUCCAUGGCCUUCUUGUGCCAUGCAAAGGCUUUUGCUUCCCUGCAUGGGCUUCUGCUCCCUCUGCAAGAGCUUCUUGUCCCAUGGACGAGCUUCUUGUCCCAUGGAUGGGCUUCUUGUCCCAUGGAUGGGUUUCUUGUCCCCUUCUCUGUAUAAGCUUUUUGUCACCUGCAUGUCUUCUUGGUGAACCUGAAUCCGGGGGCCCGUGGUGUAGCGUUUUGCGUAUGCUCGUGUAGACUAUCACUCAUGCUUAUGAGGGUGAUGCAUUUGCCAUAAAUGUGAGAGGUGAAGCAAUACCCAUGAAUGUGAGGGGUGACUUUGUUGUUUUGCUUCAGUCUACGCUUAAUUUACAUGUCAAUAUAACAUUUUCACUCCAUGCUAUUAAGCGCUCAUGUCAUGCCAAAUUCACAAAAAUUAAUCACCAAGGAAGUACAAAAUUAAGCUUACAAGGCUUCAAUAAAGCUGUCAGGUAUUGAA